AUGGAUUGGAAGCGUCUCAUGUCGAGCGUUUCGCUGCAGGUUGUGGAUGGAACUUGGAUUCCUGGCGAACAGAUGCACACGAUCCGAGCCGUAGUUGUCAAUCAAGCAUGGUACCGAUUACUUUUUGGGACUAUCCAGGAUGGCUCAAUUAAAUUACCCCAGCGCGAGACUUCGAUCCUGGUCGAUGUUACAGCAAUGCGUGCCGCCAGAACCGGCCAAACUGCCUGGGGAAGAGACGGCAGCUGUCUCAACUCAAAGAUAGCAGCAGUGGUCGAUGUCCGGCGCUUCUUCCAGAUCAAGCGGUUUCAAACUCCUUCACAGCCGUUCAUGCGCGUCGUUGCUCUCUCCAACAAAUACUACAGGAAGCAAAAGGUGGAAAAAUGGCAUGUCCAAAUCCUCUUGGGCUUAUCACUGUUUCCCAUUGUUUGCCAAGGUCACGAAAACAGGUCGAAUGCGACAAACCCUUCUUCUUCUCCUUGCGCUCAAGGCGCCAGUUUGCAGAGCACUUUCUCGUCGUCGACCCGAGUCACACAAUGGGUGAGCCAGCCCAACUUUCGAGGGACCUUUGAUAUUCUCUGGAUAUCAAUCGUUACGAUAUUCAUCAGCACGUACAGCAUGUUGUGUCUCAACGUGCCUGCCCCCAAAGACAGUUUUACAACUCGCUUUGGCCGCCGUCUAUUGUGGAUGGCUCUCGGUAUCUUGGGCCCUGAAUUCCCUCUCACAUAUGCUGCGGGCCAAUGGAGUCGAGCGAAACAAUCCGUUGUGUCCUUCAAGGCGUACAGCCACACGGACUGGCACAUGCGACAGGCGUUCUUCGCAGACAUGGGCGGCUUCAUUUUCCAUGCUCGCGACGGCGAACCGUUCCCACUCAAUGCAACUCAGCUUCACUGGCUCGUCGUCAAUAAAUUUGUCGAAUAUCCUUCUAUCACCCGCAAAGAAAUCUGGGACAAAUCCAAGCAAGACACCUUCACCAAAGUUAUCACUGCAUUUCAAAUUUCCUAUCUGAUCAUACAGUGCGUUGCUCGUGCUAUCCAAGGUCUGGCAAUCACAACUCUGGAGCUAAAUGCACUUGCCAUUGUCGUCUGCUCCCUUAUGACCUCUUGUUUCUGGCUUCACAAACCCGCAGACAUCCAAACGCCCAUCCACAUCCAUUCAUCUCACACACUUGCCGAGAUCACGCUUAACCGCGAAUGGAGCCUGACGCCUCUCGACUUCAUCGAUGAGAAUGGCCCCGGAUAUUCUGUCAAUGUGCAACCUUUCAUGAAGAUGCCGGUCAUUCCUGCACAGAGGCCAAUCCAGCGCAUUCCCAACGACAGAUUUCCAACGAAUCCAUACGGUAUACAAGAAUACUUUUUAUGCUUUGCAACUCUGCUCUUCACGGCCAUUCAUGUCGCCGGCUGGAGCUUUGAAUUUCCAAGCCGCACCGAGCGGCUUCUCUGGAGGAUUUGUUCGCUUCUGCUUUUCGGCAUCACCGCUGCAUUCUGGGUCUUUGAAACGGCGGCAUCAUGGACUCGCCUGGGCCGAUGGACAACCAUAUAUUUAUUCUUCUUCAACCGAAAAGCCCUGGCAGAACACAAGAUCCGCAUGGCCCGAAGAUCAGCCACGAUGAAGAGACGGAACAACCAAUUGCCAGUACCCUGGGAAUUUGCAACCAUCACCCCGUUGGCGAUUAUAUAUGGAGUGGCCCGGUUCUAUUUGAUUGCAGAGGCGUUCGCAGAGUUGAGAGACCUGCCAGCGACGGCAUACCUCAACAUACAGUGGACGGAUUUCAUACCACAUGUAUAA